AUGGACUUCUCAACUGUUAUUACCAUCAGUCUGCCUGAUGUGGGGAUAGAGCUGGAUCAAAGCGGCCAGCGCCGUGCUGGGAGCGGGCUCAAGGCUGGAGCGCGGUUCCUGCAGCGGCCGGGUGGGCACGGCCCCGGGACCACCCGGCCUGAGGUACCGGCCCGGAUCCGCGCCCUUCCCCGGCCAUCGCCGCUGCCUCAGGCAGCUCCAGUGCGCGGGCUGUGCGCAGCGCCGGGUGAGCCGGGCAGAGCCCGCCGCGACACAGCUCCGGGGGGAAACGGGGGCUCUCGUGUGUCAACGGGGCUCCGGGAUGUCACCGGUCCCUCACUGGUGUCACGGGGGCUCUCGUGGUGCCACUGGCUCCCUCAGCUGUGUCACGGGGAUUCCCGUGGUGUCACCGGUCCCUCACUGGUGUCACGGGGAUUCCCGUGGUGUCACCGGUCCCUCACUGGUGUCACCGGAUCCCUAACUGGUGCCCAGGGUCAGCCGAGCCCUCGGCGGCAGCGCCCCCAGGCGGCAGCGGGUGAGCACCGCGGGCGCGAGGUCCCGCCCCCAGCGCUGGCGGCGGCGGAACUCUCGUUGUCCUUUGCAGAGUGCCCCGGGACCGGCAGCGCCCAGGCGGGUAGGGCGGCCGCCUGCCAGGGAUGCCCCAACCAGGGGCUGUGCGCGGCCGGCGCGGCCGGGCCGGACCCGGCGGAGGCGGCGGAGCUGCGGGCGCGGCUGCGGGCGGUGCGGCACACGGUGCUGGUGCUCUCCGGGAAGGGCGGCGUGGGCAAGAGCACCUUCAGCGCCCUCCUGGCGCACGGGCUGGCGGCGGACGAGACCAAGCAGGUUGCUCUGCUCGACAUAGAUAUCUGUGGGCCGUCGAUUCCUAAAAUUAUGGGCCUAGAAGGAGAACAGGUUCAUCAGAGUGGGUCUGGAUGGUCUCCAGUGUAUGUUGAAGAAAACUUAGGUGUCAUGUCAGUGGGAUUCUUGCUUAGUAGUCCUGAUGAUGCUGUCAUCUGGAGAGGACCAAAAAAGAAUGGGCUGAUCAAGCAGUUUCUGCGUGAUGUGGACUGGGGUGAGGUGGAUUACCUGAUCGUGGACACGCCCCCGGGGACGUCGGAUGAGCACCUGUCCAUCGUGCAGUACCUCAGUGCCACCCGCAUCGACGGCGCUGUCAUCGUCACGACCCCCCAGGAAGUGUCACUUCAGGACGUUCGGAAGGAGAUCAACUUCUGCCGCAAGGUGAAGCUGCCCAUCAUAGGUGUGGUGGAGAACAUGAGUGGCUUUGUGUGUCCCAAGUGUAAGAAUGAAUCUCAGAUCUUUCCCCCAACUACUGGUGGUGCAGAGAAGAUGUGCCAGAACUUGAGUGUUUCUCUCCUGGGUAAAGUGCCUCUGGAUCCACAGAUAGGAAAAAGUUGUGACAGUGGCCAGUCUUUCUUGGCUGAAGCACCUGAGUCUCCAGCUACACUGUCUUACAGGAAUAUCAUUCAAAGAAUUCAGGAGUACUGUGAACAACACCAUUUGCAAGAAGAAAAGAUAAUGUAAUCUGUAAGUGGAACAAAAAUGUAGCUCAUGUCUAAUUAUAGAAAAGUAACUUAUGCCUUGAUUUAUUAAAGGAAUGUAUUCUUUUUGUAUAUUGCAAAUAAAUUCUUAAUAUAAAGGCUCUUGCCUAUGUUUUUUCCAAAAGUUGAAGAUUCUUGUAGUUCUUCCCUCACUAGAAAGCUGUGAAAAUGAGUCUGCAUCUGGAUUAUCAAGUGCAUUCUGCCUCCAGUGUCAUGGUACCAAUAACCUGACUGUAAAGGUAGCAGUUGAAGAGGUGAGAAUACAACCCACAUUUUACUUAGGAGGUUGAAUUUAAAAUAUGCUGGGUUGACACUGGGGCAUGUGCAGCAGCCUUAGUUCUGCCUGCUGCACAAGGGUGAGCUGUAAUGCCCCUUCCCUCUCCCAGAAUAACAUCAUUUAAAUGUCUCCUUUCAUUGGAAAAUAUCUUUGUCUAGAGUGAAAGCUGGGGUAGUAUUACAGUACAUGUGCACUGCUUUAUUUAUUUUUUUACAGGUAUCAAAACAAGAUUAACUUUUUAGCUAUACAUAAGUAGUGGGUGAACAUGGUUCAUGACUUCUGUUUUGUUCUAUUUGACCCUAAGCCUGAACACUAAAAAACAAACAUUCAGUAUUUUUAAUAAUGAAGAGGUCCUUUGUGUUUGUAGUUUGAAAGCUCUGAAAAGUCAGUAUUGUGUACAAGAGGGAAAGGCAGUUUGGUUUUGUUUAUUGUAGUUCCAUAGUUAAACAAAUCAGCAUCAUAUUUUCAUUACAUGUAAUUUCUGGUUAAGAUAAUCCAACAGUUUGAGGUUAGUUGACAGCUUUUCUGAAAGCAGCGUGCUCCUUGUAAACCAUGAGCACUGUCUGUGCUCACACAAGCAAUUUUUUGGUGAAGCUUUUAAGUAACAAAGGCGUUAA